AUGGCGGCGGAGGCCAAGUUUCGUGCCUCCAAGAGGCUGCGGCUCUGGAGCCUGCUCAGCCUGAUCCCACUGACCAUGUGUGUGAUGGAGGGCUUGGUGGCGUUUGCUUCGACUUCAACGCAAAGAGGUUUCGGAGUGAUCCGAAGGGCUCAGAUGCAGCCAGAUCUUCCAGAUGCUGGCAUUGCAGUCAUUGAGAAGGUCGACAGAAAGACGCAGAUGAAGGAACAGUUCGAGAAGGAGAAGUGGUGGCGAGUUUUGCUGCACAACGACGACAUCCACACUUUUGAGUAUGUCACAAACUGUUUAGUGAAGGUGGUGCAGCACCUCUCGCGGCGAAAGGCCUAUGGCAUCACCUGGGAGGCCCACAGUUCCGGCAAGGCAACGGUGGCUUGCGUCUGGAAGGCAUUGGCAGAGCAGUUUUGCGUGAAGCUGCAACAAGAUGGCUUGACGGUGUCGAUCGCCCCCGACUCCAAGUUUGAGGGAAACAAAGGUGGCCAGUAG